AUGCCUGUGCCAGAAUUAGAAUCUUCUAAAGAAGAAUUGGCCACAGAAAAUCCAGUUGCAUUAGAAGUUACGGAAGAAACAGCUGAAUCUAAUAGUGCUGCAAACGAUUUAAGUCAUGUUGAAGCUUCUGAACCGGAGGAUACAGCAACGAUACUUCCAGAAUCACUAUCGCGUCAUCCUUUACAAUGUCGUUGGGCUCUUUGGUAUUUAAAAGCUGAUCGAAAUAAGGAUUGGGAAGAUUGUUUAAAACAAGUAGCUAUGUUUGACAGCGUCGAAGAUUUUUGGGCCCUAUAUAACCACAUUCAGAAAGCAUCUGGUCUCAAUUGGGGAAGUGAUUAUUACUUGUUCAAAGAAGGUAUCAAACCCAUGUGGGAAGAUGAAAAUAAUGUGAAAGGCGGUCGAUGGCUUGUUGUAGUUGACAAACAGAAGCGAGCACAGUUGUUGGACCGUUAUUGGCUCGAGCUAUUAAUGGCAAUCAUUGGAGAGCAAUUUGAAGAACACGGUGAAUAUAUUUGUGGUGCAGUUGUGAAUGUUCGUCAAAAAGGGGACAAGGUUUCUUUGUGGACGCGAGAUUCAUUAAAAGAUGAUGUGAAUCUACGCAUUGGUCAGAUCUUGAAAGCAAAACUAGAAAUUCCUGAUACAGAACCUAUUCGUUAUGAAGUUCAUAAGGAUUCAUCAGUACGUACGGGAUCAAUGGUCAAACCUCGUAUCGUCAUUCCGAUGAAAGAAACACGAUAA